GCAGGAAGUCUCUCCAGCGAAGCUCGAGCUUCUCUCGCGCACCACCAACUUGUCACCAAAGAUGGCGAUUUGCUGAGUGCUCAUGGAUACACACAUUUCUCAGCUAGUCGUUGUCACAUCAGAAACGCCAACUUUAGUAACAUUAACUGCUUAGCGAGCGACUAUUUAUCCGCUUGAGGCACCUCUGACUCCGCGUCAGUCGCCGCUACCAUGCAGAUCACUCUUAAAACACUGCAGCAGCAGACUAUUCAGAUUGAGAUAGACCCCGAACAAACGGUGAAGGCCUUAAAAGAGAAGAUAGAGGCAGAAAGAGGGAAAGACAACUUUCCUGUAUCUGGGCAGAAGCUCAUAUAUGCUGGGAAAAUCCUGCAAGAUGACACGCCCAUUAAAGAUUACAACAUUGAUGAGAAGAACUUUGUGGUGGUGAUGGUUUCCAAGGCUAAACCCGCAGCUGCCGCCUCUCCCCCGGCCACGGAAGCCCCCAAGCCCCCCGUGCAGGACUCUGGCUCCACGUCAACAGCUGUCCCGGCCACAACUGCAGCUUCAGCUUCAGCUUCAGCCCCGACCCCGGCAGCUGUCCCCAUUCCCUCCGAGGAGGCCAAAGAGGAGCCGAGCGCCGACGUCACGGAACCACAACCAGCCAGCUCCAGUGGCGGGGGUCAGGGCUUGGAUGCCUCCUCAGCGCUGGGUAGGUAACAAAUGAAUCUCUGCUACACUUGCAUGACGUGCAGCUGUUAACAGUCUCAAUGCUGUUUGCUUAAUGUCGGUAAAUUGUAGUUUCAGACAAUUGAGUGUUUUUAAAUGUGUUAACAUCACAGCAUUCAUUGAGUAAAUCUUGGGUUAUAUUUGUUGUGCCACAAAUUGUAACUGCCGUGAGUCGGGGACUCUACAGGCUGCAGUGCAGUACAUGUCGUUUCUAUAUUUAGACUGUGACAAAAGUACGCCGUCCUUUUUAUUGUGGUGCCACAGAGAGCAGUGGGGAUUCCCAUUGGUCCAAUUAUAGAUUAUGUUGUACUUACUCAUAGAGAAUGUGAAAGGGUAAAAGUCAUGCUGAUAUUUUAGCCCAUUUUGUACGUUAUGUUAUAUCUAUCUAUCUAUCUAUAUCUAUAUAUAUAUACACACACACACAGUGGGUACGGA